AUGAAGGGAAAGAGGAGAGUUAGUGUCGGUGAGUUAUUAAAAUCAUCAUCAACAAUGUUUUUAUAGCAAAAAUAAUCAUUGGAAAAUUUGUUAUUUAGCUACUUGGUUGCCUUAUUCAUAAGCUUGUCCAACGACUGUUUUAUUAGAUAACCCUAAAGUAACAAUACAUAUCCUAGCCUAUAUAUUCCCCAAAUAUAUUUUAAAAUAAAAUAAAAUAAUUCAGUCUAGCUAAUUAUUUUGUAAAAUGUAAAUGUUGCACAAAACUAUAUGCUGCAUUUUAUACAUUCCCAUAGUCGCAAUUGACCCAAUAUCAUCCAUCUGCUGCGCAUAAUUUUGCAGUUUUGUGUGCUUCAAAAGUACAUUUUCUUUGUCUUAAUCUGAAAGAAAAACAUUGCAACAAAUUGAUGAAUCUACGCCUUGAUUAGCUAUUAUAAAGUAAUUUGGUUUUCGUUGAUUUGGUUCUCUGUUUCUCCAGCUGCGCUCCUGUUGCUGUGCGCUCUUUGUGAUGGAGACGAGUUGCAGCCUCAGCGAGACCCACCUCGAGCGUACUGUAUCACCACCAGCCUGACGGUAGGUGCCUAAACUGAUCGUAACUGUGCAUCCGUGGGAUUAAUGGACCAAACUGACCGGUCACUUACUGUAAGCCUAAAUGAUCAAUCAGAUUUUGAAAAUACCUGUGUCCUGUCCCCGCUUGCUUCGGUUCCUCUUUCAUUACUUAUUAAAGUGAAAGGUUGGUAGUCUGUGGCUGAGUCCCACUUUUGAGAUCAACCUCACAAACAGUAAACCUGUUUGUUUGUCAGCUCAUGUGCAUUUAUCUUUGAGAUUUUUCUAGUGGUGGGCUGUGUGGCCUAAUGUCACUUCACAUUGCAUUGCAGAAGGAUGCUGGAUUGCUCUGAUCAUAUAUUGUGUAGGUCUGUGAUAAUAAAAGUGAAAUUCUGCAGUCCUAACAUAACUCUGAAAAGCAGAUAUAUUUCUGCUCUGACCUCAAGGUCAAAGGAAUAACAAUGCAUAAGAGAGGAAGGUGUAAACUCACAGUUAGUGGUGUUGAUAUAGCACCACACCACACUAGGCUGCUGAGGGGAGAAUGGAAUGGAUCGUGGAAACCAUGUGUUUGAUGUAUUUAAUACCAUUCCAGUAAUUCCGCUCCAGUCAUUACCACGAGCCCGUUCUCCUCAAUUAAGCUGCCACCAACCUCCUUGGCACCACACCUACUAGCCUAUCUGUUUCUGUCAUAUACUGUGGAAAAAGGCGUCAGAACACAUGCUUAUAGAUGCAGUCCUCUAAAUGUGUCCUAGACUCAGAGAACAAAAGCACAACUGCUAUUUUAAUAGAAAGUCAAGAAAUGUAGAAUUUACAUUCUCGCCAGGCUUCUCGUACUUUCCAAAUGUAAAACAAAGUUCGAUGAAUGUCUGACAUCUGUGUUUGAACAACUUCAUGAAUAUUAUGAAUACUGAUCUCUAUUCACCUCAAAGGCCACCUCAUUAACCUCCCGAGUGGCGCAGUGGUCUAAGGCACUUCAUUGCAGUGCUAGCUGUGCCACUAGAGAUCCUGGUUUGAAUCCAGGCUCUGUCGUAGCCGGCCGUGACCAGGAGACCCAUGGGGUGGGGCACAAUUGUCCCAGGGGAGGGAAUGGCCGGCAGGGAUGUAGAGCAUGGUGUUUGCAACGCCAGGGUUGUUGGUUUGAUUCCCAUGGGGGGCCAGUAUAAUAAUGUAUGUACUCACUAACUGUAAGUUGCUCUGGAUAAGAGUGUCUGCUAAAUGACUAAAAUGUUACAGCUGAUCAUCCUCUCUGACUCUCUCUCCCUGACAUGGUGACACUUUGUUCUGUUUUCCAGGAUGUGUGGUGUACUCUGUCUGAAGCCCAUCUGAAUGGUUCUGGUCCUACCAGACUAGAGGUCCCUGCUGGGCAGAGCCUCCAUAUCAUCAUGCAAAGCCUCCCAGGAGACCCUGUCUGCAGCUGGAGCCAUGGAGCUGGCCCAAUAAGGUAGGUAGGUGUGUGUGUGUGUGUGUGCGUUUGUCUUUGUUGUGUUACCCGGCGCCGCAAGGCCACUGUGUCGUUGUAUCAUUAUUGCACCAACAGAGGGGGCUAUUCUAUGGCCAUACCACAGACAUCUGUGAGUGAUUCUGGAGAGUACUCCUUCAGCUGUGUGAGAGGCGGCAUCAUCUCCUCCCUGACGCUCUCUCUACUGGUUGGACCUCCACUGAGUGAGUGACAGACCCAUGUUCUUUUCUAAACCACUAAUAUGACAUCAGAUUCUGAUCUACACCACAUUAAAGUCAAAUAACAUCUAUAUCAUCAUCAUGAUUCUGAACCACAUUGAAAUUCCUAGCUAUGGUUCAUUCUCCCAUUGGUUACCUCCAGGAUGUCCCUCAAAGCCACAUCUGAAAUAUAUCCCUGGGGGAAGAGGCUUUUUACCUAACUUCCAGUGUUCUUCAGAGGGAAACCCCAAGCCAGAAAUCAAAUGGUUCAAUAACCUUGACAAGACUGGGUAAACUGUGGUGAAAAUAAUAUAGAAUCUUAAAGGAGUUUCUUCAGGGUUUUGACAUGAGUUUCAUGUGUAGGACCUCUUCAAGGAUGGCUACAUGCUUUACUUUCUCCUCCUCUCCAUCAGAAAGGGUAGUCAUGGGAAUGAGACAUCUAAGGAUUCAGAGAGGUCCAACAACACAGAGGGAAGUAAACUAUACAGCAAGACAACAGUUAUGUGCUGUGCUACUAACCCCAAAGGAGAGGAGUGUUCUCAACUUUAUGACUAUGGUUAGUAUUAUUGUAAAAGUGUAAACACAAUGCCCAAAAAAACAAAAUGGAAUUAAAGGCACUCAGUACUGAUUGAUGUGUGGUCUGUUGGCUUCCUGUGUGUGUCUCAGACUUGGACCGCAGCCGUAGUGUGGAUGAUGAUGAUGAUGAUGAAGCUCCAGAGAUCACUCUGAGCCCGGGUCAGGCCCUGCUGCUCCGCUGUAGGGAGAGAGCCAGCACCACACAGUGGCUGACUGAUAAACAGGAACAGGUCAACUUUAUCACUCAUUCAUCAACCUUUUAUUUCCACUGUUGAAAACAUAUGACCAGAACCAUUUCACUUUUCUCUCCAUGACUUGUUCACUGUAUUUGAGAUAAUGCAGUCUACCAUCUUUUCCUCCAGGUGUCGACAUAUCGACUAUCAUAUAAAGGAAUAGAUAUGACUUACCUGUUCAUUGCGUCGGUGAGAGUGAACCACAGUGGCAUCUACACCUGCCGGAGUGACAAGAACAAGAUCAAGUACACCCACAUCCGGGUCCUGGGUCAGUGAGAGGCAACAACACUGAAUCCUCUUUGUACCUUUUCUUUUCAGUCAAACAUUCCCUUGCCCUUUUUUUAAAUGUCUAUCUUUACUUGGUCUUUACUCAUCUGUCAGAUACUUUCUUGUCAUCUGUCCUGAUUCUCUCCCUACCACCACCACCUACCUGUUUUUUUCUCUCCCAAAAUUGGAUUUCCAAGUGAUUUCCGUGUGAUUUCUGGUGUUGUGUGUCCUCAGAGAAGGGCUUCAUUUCCAUCGACCAGCUGAAUGAGAGCAGUACCAUCUCAGCCCAGGAGAAGCCAGGGUUCUGUCUGCGGGCCCUGGUCUCCUCACACCCUCGCCUACGCUGCCAUUGGCUGGGCCCGGGCGGCAUACAGACGCAGUGCCCUGAACCCACACGGCUGUGGAAGAACAGGUAGGGUAAGGCUGGUGGUCUCUGUGUGGGCUUCCUGAGACUUAAUUUAAUCUAGGACAUACUGCCAUAUCCAUGUUCUAUUUGGUGUUUCUGUUGCAGUUUUAUAAAGCUUUACUAAAGGUCUAUCUACGAGGUUUGAUGAGGUUACGUUUGGUUCAAUAAGGUUUAACACGAUUCCAUAUGGUUCUGUCCCCCCCCCUCAGGACUCUGGAGCUAUGUAACCCUGAGCCAGGAGACUACCAGUUACACCUGGAGACUGGGGAGCUGAACCUCACAAAGACCCUCUCUCUCUGUGUGGCAAGUGAGUGACAGCCGACUGCCCAGUCAGAUAAGACUUGUGAUUGUGUGCAUGACUCCUCAGUAAGACACCUGUCCUCACCUGUCCUCCUCCUCUGUCUCUCAGAUAUGUCCACCCCCAUUCUCUUCCAGAAAGAAGACAACAUCACCUGUAAGACCGAAAGCCCCCUCCCCUUCAACCUCACCUGGAGGUUGUGCUCUCUGUCCAAUGACAGGUACCUGUAGAUUUAGGCCCGAGUUUCUCAUGUUAGGAUUCAGCUCUAUAUCUUAACACUAGUGGUGGGCACCAAUAUCGAUAUGAUAUCGAUAUCAUUUGAAAUCGACAUAAGCAAGGCAUAUCUUGAUAUUGGUUAUUGUUCCUGUUAACCUACCCAGCUAGCACAUAACGUUCUAAGAACCAUAUGUUUCUUAGAGCUUGGUGAGAGUGUGGUUGUCCUAUAGUUAUUUUGCAUACAACCUUCCCACAAAGUUCUGGGAAUGCAGGAUUUCCAGCUAGCACAUAAUGUUCUGAGAACCACAUUUUUCUUAAGUGGCAAUUUCAUGGUUCUAUUUAAAGUAAUGUUCUCAGAACGUUCAGAGAACAUUAAGAAACAACGUUCUUCUGUGGAAAUUUCAGUACUUCAGCAUAACGGUUUCUGCAGGAUUCGUCAUGGUUCUAUUUAAAGUAAUGUUCUAAGAACAUUAAGCAAACGUUUCAUAAAAACACAAGAAAACAUGAGUAACGUUCUAAGAACAUUCUAGGAAUGUUAUUUAAAAACAUAUACAUUCCAUUCUCAGCGUCAACAAAACUUUCUCUCAAUCCUUUGUCUUGUUAAGUGUGUUCAGGUGCACCCACUAUUUGGCCGCACCUGAUCUUAAUGAGUGCUUGUUUAAAUGGGGUUUGUUUAAAUAGACUAAAAUGAACAGCUUUGUAUUAGUUAAAAAAAACAUGGCACGCUAGCUCCAUCCUGGUGGCAUAGUCGACUAAUUCCAUGGAUAGAAAACAGGAGAUCAUAGGUUCAAAUAUUACUGACGUCGUGCCACAAUAAAAAAGAAAUGUGUUUGCAUGAUUAAUGCCUAAGCAAAUUAAUUUCCAUGUGUCCAAUCUUUGCUUGGAGUUCAAAACCAUUAACCUAAGCUAGCAGUGUUAUUAAAAGUCUUAUUGAAACAUGUUCUCAGAACGUUAAUUAAUUAUCUUCAAAUAACCUAUAAUUUCCGUUCUCAGAACGUUAAUAAAACCUCCCAGGAAAACUUUCAGGGAACCAUAGUAAAACGUUCUCUGGAACCUACUUUCCCACAACUUCCAAGGAACCAAAUGUGCUAGCUAGGUAUUUGCUUACUUACUUACUUACUUACUUAGUCCUCUUCAUUCCUAUUUGGAACAUAAUGCUUCCACAAGAGAGCGCCACUUCUGCUGGUCUUCUGCCUUUUGGGGGAUGGUUUUCCAUGAUAGGCCACUGUUCUUCAUCUCUUUCUCCACGCUUCCUUUUGUUAACCUACACUAUUAUGUAAAAAGUAUACAUGACUGUUCCUGCAAUGCUCUUACAGACUCUCAAUUUAGCAUAAGCCUACUUAAAUGCCUGCUGAUUGGCCAUCAACAGGGUUCCCAUUGUAUUCAACUGUAGGUUAGGCCCCAAGAACAUUCACACUUGGCCCAAUGGUCAAUCAGCAAAAAGUUGUCUGAACUGCAUAAAGCCAGUGCAAUGUUAUUCAUUCAAACCGAUAUGAUAUCGAUAUUGGUUUUUAAAAAUGCAACUGAUAUCAAUUGUCCAUAUCGUUGCCCAUCCCUACUUAACAACUGAAGCAAAUUUAUGGGGCGGUUUCCCUGACACAAACUAAGAUCAUUUUCAAUAGAGAUUCUCCAUUGAUCUUGCUUUUUAGUCCAGGAUUAGGCUGUGUCUGGGAAACCAACCCUACAUGUUUACCUGUGUGUGUGUUCACCUGUGUUUGUUAACCUGCCCCCCAUCCCCUAGCUGUCAGUCAGAGUCUGCAGCCUGGAAGGAGAUCCCUGCCACUCCCACAGAGCUCUGUGACUCAGACCAGUUCUGCCAUAAGAAUGUCCUCAGCUCCCUGGAAAGUGCAGAGGUGGGGAACCACUUUGUCAAGUGCUGCAUUACAAACUCGGUCCACUCACAGUCACACUGCAGCGAGUCACUGUUCAAUGCAAGAAUGGUCUUUCCACUGCAGCGUACGUUCAAACAACGUAAGUGGUCAGUCAGGAAAAACAAGUCCUCCAAAAAUAAUUGUUUUUAUAAUGGUUGUCAUCAUAGCUCCAGUGUGGAACAGAAUUGGUCACAGUGUUGUCAUGGCUCCAGUGUGGAACAGAAUUGGUCACAGUGUUGUCAUGGUUCCAGUGUGGAACAGAAUUGGUCACAGUGUUGUCAUGGCUCCAGUGUGGAACAGAAUUGGUCACAGUGUUGUCAUGGCUCCAGUGUGGAACAGAAUUGGUCACAGUGUUGUCAUGGCUCCAGUGUGGAACAGAAUUGGUCACAGUGUUGUCAUGGCUCCAGUGUGGAACAGAAUUGGUCACAGUGUUGUCAUGGCUCCAGUGUGGAACAGAAUUGGUCACAGUGUUGUCAUGGCUCCAGUGUGGAACAGAAUUGGUCACAGUGUUGUCAUGGCUCCAGUGUGGAACAGAAUUGGUCACAGUGUUGUCAUGGCUCCAGUGUGGAACAGAAUUGGUCACAGUGUUGUCAUGGCUGUUGUCAGAUAUUGGUUAUAUCUGUUGAUGUGUGUUCUAUCAGCCUCCAACUCCUCUCAACUCCUGAAGGUGUCCAGUCUGGUUCUGUUCCUGGCGUUGAUGCUGGUCAGCGUGGCGCUACUCUACUUCAUCAGGAAGAAGGUACACACACACACACACACACACACACACACACACACACACAGACAGACUUGUUCACCACACUCAAACAUUCUCACACACCCUCCUGAUAUGUUGUGUGUAGAAACCCCAGUACCAGAGUCAGGUGCAGAUGAUCCAGAUGGUAGGGCCUAAUGACAACGACUACAUCUACAUCAACUUCAAAGACUUCCGGUACAACCAGAAAUGGGAGUUCCCCAGAGAGAACCUGGAGCUGGGUAAGACUGGGGAGAUGUACCAGUGAAAUGACUUUGCCUGACCCAUCUACCUGGGAAUCUCUAGUCUCCAGUACAGCCAGCCUCACCAAUAGUAUUCCCACCAACCCUGUGUUGUGGUCUUUCUCCUCAGGGAAGGAGCUAGGCUCUGGGGCCUUUGGCAUGGUGGUUCAGGCUACAGCCUACGGCAUCAGCAAGCCUGGGAUCUCCCUGCAGGUGGCUGUCAAGAUGCUGAAAGGUACAGGGUUUUACCUGUGUGAUGUUGUACACUGCUGGCUAAGUGUUGGUGUUUGCUGAAGACCCACACUAUUACUAUUUUACAUACCCUGCACCAGUGAAGUCACUCAGGUUGUUGUUGAGUGUUGAUGUUUGCCCAUGCAGAGAAGCAUGAGACAGUGGAGAAGGAGGCUCUGAUGUCAGAGUUGAAGAUGCUGACUCACAUCGGACAGCAUGCCAACGUCGUUAACCUGCUGGGGGCAUGCACUGGCUCAGGUACGACAGCCAAUCACAGACAGGCUCAGAAACCAGCAUCUAGCAGAAAUAAAACAGGAAUAACUACAACAUGUAAUUGCCAAGAACAUGUCUUUAGAUAUUGUAUUGAAACGAGUACAUGUGUAUUUAGGACUGUCUCUAAGCGCCUGUGUGUGUGUGACUCUGUGAAUGUGUGUAUCUGACUCUGUGGCUGUGUGUCUCUUGACAGGGCCCACGUACCUGAUCUUCCAGUACUGCCGUAAUGGGGACCUGCUGAACUACCUGAAGAACAACAGAGAGCUGUACCACAAGUCUCUGACCGAGGCCUUCACCAGGGAUCGCUUCAGCAGCCUUUACCACAACCUGCCCAAGAGGAGCUCCACUAGAGGGCACGAGAGCAUCGCCCUCCUCAGCCUCAACUCCUCUCCCAUGGACACCUCGGAUGGUCAGUGUGGGGUAGACACACACACAAAUUAAGAAAUAGACAUGCUUAUGUAUACAGCAGCACAGUUAAAAACAUCUGUAGGAUCUCUUCACUGCUGGCCAGUGGAUCCCGUUGACCCCAGCUGAUUUGUGUUGAUCCACAGGUCCAGGGAUCUAUGAGGAGCUGCAGGAGGAGGAGGAGGAGGAGAAGCAGGCACUGACCUAUAACGACCUGCUCAGCUUUUCCUACCAGGUGGCCAAAGGCAUGGACUUCCUGUCCUCCAAGCACGUACGUUGAGUGACAAUACUGCACACUGCCCCAUGUCCCCUCAUACAAGGCUGUGCUCACUGCAAAAACAUAUAAUACUCCCUAUACCCCACAUCAUUACUCCCUACACACCCUCUCUCUAUCUUGGGUGUGUGUUUCUGUCUCCAGUGUAUCCAUCGGGACCUUGCGGCCAGGAACGUGUUGGUGGCUCAGGGUGGACUUGUAAAGAUCGGAGACUUUGGACUGGCCCGGGACAUCGAGAACGACUCCAACUACGUAGUGAGAGGAAAUGUAGGUACUAUACACAGAAAGGAGUGUUUGUCUGUAUUCUACAGAUGCUCUGUUGUCAGUGACAACAGCUCUGUUCUAGGCAUGCAGUGUCGGUGUGUGUGUCUGAUGUGUUGUGUUGUGUCGCAGGUGCGUCUGCCAGUGAAGUGGAUGGCUCCAGAGAGUAUCUUCCAGGGGAUGUACACCAUGCAGAGCGAUGUCUGGGCCUAUGGUAUCCUGCUGUGGGAGGUCUUCUCUCUGGGUAGCUACAUAAACAUACAUUUUACAUUUACAUUUUAGUCAUUUAGCAGACGCUCUUAUCCAGAGCGUCUUACAGUUAGUGAGUGCAUACAUUUUCAUACUGGCCCCCCGUGGGAAUCGAACCCACAACCCUGGCGUUGCAAGCACCAUGCUCUACCAACUGAGCUACACGGGACAUACCUACUCUUUCUUUUUAUUUAUUGUCAUGAUUUGAUUUUGUCCUUUAUAGUGUGUGUUGACCGAGGUUGGGGAUGAGGUGGGGCCGCCAGGAGUAUGUUUAGGAUGGGGGGGCAUACAUACUGUACACACACUUAUUAUAGAUGUAUUCCCUGCAUCUUUAUUAUAUGUGAUUUGCUCUCUUCCUCCCUCUCCCUCCCUCUCUCUCCCUCUCUCCCUACCCCUUUCCCUCUCCCUCUCUCCCUCCCUCUCCCUCUCUCUCCCUACCCCUUUCCCCCUCCCUCUCUCUCCCUACCCCUUUCCCCCUCUCUCCCUCCCUCUCCCUCUCUCUCUCUCUCCCUACCCCUUUCCCUCUCCCUCUCUCCCUCUCUCCCUCUUCCUCUCUCUCCCUACCCCCUUUCCCUCUCACUCUCUCUCUCCCUCUCCCUCUCUCUCCCUACCCCUUUCCCUCUCCCUCUCUCUCUCCCUCUCCCUCUCUCUCCCUACCCCUUUCUCUCUCCAUCUCUCCCUCUCUCUCCCUACCCCUUUCUAUCUCUAUCUCUCCCUCUCUCUCCCUACCCCCCUUCUCUCUCCAUCUCUCCCCUCUCUCUCCCUACCCCUUUCUAUCUCUAUCUCUCCCUCUCCCUCUCUCUCCCUACCCCUUUCUAUCUCUAUCUCUCCCUCUCCCUCUCUCUCCCUACCCCUUUCUCUCUCCAUCUCUCUCUCCCUCUCUCUCCCUACCCCCCUUCUCUCUCCAUCUCUCCCUCUCUCUCCCUACCCCUUUCUCUCUCCAUCUCUCUCCCUCCCUCUCUUUCCCUACCCCUUUCUCUCUCCAUCUCUCCCUCUCCCUCUAAGGUGUGACCCCCUACCCGGGGAUAAAGGUGGACAACAACUUCUAUUUGUUGAUAGAGAGAGGUUUUAAGAUGGAGCAACCGUACUAUGCCAGUGAAUCUGUGUAAGUAUCCACAACCACUCUGCACCUACGUCUAUACAUCAUACACAUUUAAUUACAAUCAAAUACACUGCUCAAAAAAAUAAAGGGAACACUUAAACAACACAAUGUAACUCCAAGUCAAUCACACUUCUGUGAAAUCAAACUGUCCACUUAGGAAGCAACACUGAUUGACAAUAAAUUUUGCAUGCUGUUGUGCAAAUGGAAUAGACAACAGGUGGAAAUUAUAGGCAAUUAGCAAGACACCCCCAAUAAAGGACUGGUUUUGCAGGUGGUGACCACAGACCACUUCUCAGUUCCUAUGCUUCCUGGCUGAUGUUUUGGUCACUUUUGAAUGCUGGUGGUGCUUUCACUCUAGUGGUAGCAUGAGACGGAGUCUACAACCCACACAAGUGGCUCAGGUAGUACAGCUCAUCCAGGAUGGCACAUCAAUGCGAGCUGUGGCAAGAAGGUUUGCUGUGUCUGUCAGCGUAGUGUCCAGAGCAUGGAGGUGCUACCAGGAGACAGGCCAGUACAUCAGGAGACGUGGAGGAGGCCGUAGGAGGGCAACAACCCAGCAGCAGGACUGCUACCUCCGCCUUUGUGCAAGGAGGAGCAGGAGGAACACUGCCAGAGCCCUGCAAAAUGACCUCCAGCAGGCCACAAAUGUGCAUGUGUCUGCUCAAACGGUCAGAAACAGACUCCAUGAGGGUGGUAUGAGGGCCCGGACGUCCACAGGUGGGGGUUGUGCUUACAGCCCAACACCGUGCAGGACAUUUGGCAUUUGCCAGAGAACACCAAGAUUGGCAAAUUCGCCACUGCGCCCUGUGCUCUUCACAGAUGAAAGCAGGUUCACACUGAGCACGUGACAGACGUGACAGAGUCUGGAGACGCCGUGGAGAACGUUCUGCUGCCUGCAACAUCCUCCAGCAUGACCGGUUUGGCGGUGGGUCAGUCAUGGUGUGGGGUGGCAUUUCUUUGGGGGGCCGCACAGCCCUCCAUGUGCUCGCCAGAGGUAGCCUGACUGCCAUUAGGUACCGAGAUGAGAUCCUCAGACCCCUUGUGAGACCAUAUGCUGGUGCGGUUGGCCCUGGGUUCCUCCUAAUGCAAGACAAUGCUAGACCUCAUGUGGCUGGAGUGUGUCAGCAGUUCCUGCAAGAGGAAGGCAUUGAUGCUAUGGACUGGCCCACCCGUUCCCCAGACCUGAAUCCAAUUGAGCACAUCUGGGACAUCAUGUCUCACUCCAUCCACCAACGCCACGUUGCACCACAGACUGUCCAGGAGUUGGCGGAUGCUUUAGUCCAGGUCUGGGAGGAGAUCCCUCAGGAGACCAUCCGCCACCUCAUCAGGAGCAUGCCCAGGCGUUGUAGGGAGGUCAUACAGGCACGUGGAGGCCACACACACUACUGAGCCUCAUUUUGACUUGUUUUAAGGACAUUACAUCAAAGUUGGAUCAGCCUGUAGUGUGGUUUUCCACUUUAAUUUUGAGGGUGACUCCAAAUCCAGACCUCCAUGGGUUGAUAAAUUUGAUUUCCAUUGAUAAUUUUUGUGUGAUUUUGAUGUCAGCACAUUCAACUAUGUAAAGAAAAAAGUAUUUAAUACGAUUAUUUCAUUCAUUCAGAUCUAGGAUGUGUUAUUUUAGUGUUCCCUUUAUUUUUUGGAGCAGUGUAUAUGAACUGUAAAGGAGGUUUCAUCCCCCUUUCCCUCCCUCCCUCCCGCAGGUAUAAGAUGA